UGUUAGUUAGCCAGCGCUAGCUAUUUGUUUAGCUAUUUGUUUAUUAUUCACAUUAAAAAUGAAAGUGGUGUCCAUACCUAAGUGAACGUUUACGAUGACCUUGUUAGAGAGAAAAACAACCACCGCCUGGAGAUGCAGGGACACCUUUCCAAAUAUUAGAGCGGCGGGGAAACUUAUACCACAAGGUGACAGGGCAAAGACAUGUCUAGAGGAAAUAACACCAAGGCCUGUCACACCUUCAGUGGUUAGGAAAUUCCUCAACAGUACCCAUCCAGAAGCAGGGGCAAUACGUGUGUUCUUCGGGAAAGCAAAUGAUCCUGAUAUUGCCAGCACCCUAGUUCAUGGAAUAAGCACAAGACCAUCCAUAUCUGGUGGAUCUUUGAUAAACCCACCCCCCAAAACACAGUACCAGGAGAGGCUGCGUGAGCUUCAGGAGUCCAUUUAUGACAGCAGUCAGAAAGCUCCUCUCGGAAGAGCCCAGCUUAAGGGUCCUGGGCUUCCGGUUCAGUUUGACUAUGAAAAAACAGCAUUCAGUGUUAAAUCCCUUCUCCCUUUGACUGCUGGUGAGAUCAUCAAUCCAUCCAAAUCAGUAGAACAGGUAGAAAAAGAGGCACAGGAGGCACAUAAGCACUACGUGAUCUCACAUAACUCUUACUUUGUUGGUGAGCAUGUGGAUAGGGGCUAUGACACAAAUGCCUACAGGAAGGAUAGCAGGUUCGGUGUGACCACUCCCCAUCGCAAUGACGGGUACAAUGCCUCCAGGUCUUUUCAGUGGCUUUGUGACACACAAAAGCACUACAGUGCUAAAUUAGUUUUGAAGCGAUGUGACAACUUUAGAGAGAGGACACAGCCACAGAUAGGCAAAGUUCAUGAUCCGAUUGCAGAGACCUUGAGAGUCCCACCUGACCACACAUUUGGAGUUUUGCUGCGUCCGGAUAAGUUUGGUGCAGGUGAUCUGCUGCACUGCACACCACCUUCCGGAUACGUGAGAGGGCAGUUCUGGCUGCCAGCCCUGGUUAGCGCCGUCCGACAGCAACUGAAAAAGGCCAACUUCCACAACUUCACCUCCCUGCUGCAAGCCUUCCGAUACUACGACAAGAAAGGCCUUGGGAAGAUAGAUAAAGAGGACCUGCAGGAUGUGUGCCGUCAGUUUAACCUGGACCUUAGCAGAGAUGUCCUGGAUGGCCUCAUGGACUACUGUGACAUUGAUAAGGAUGGUCUUAUCAACUUCUUGGAAUUUGCAAAUUUUCUAAAUUGGAAGGACAAAAUGCCAAUCAGUACAGAAGACCAGAAAAUGUUAACAAGAGUGCAGAAGGCCAAUUCUGCCCCAGCCGGUGUCCAGAGAGUGGAGCUCCGGGCCUUGGACACGGACAAGAAAGCUGGUUUGCAAAGCCUGGCCGCACCGGAGGACAUGGAGCCCGCAGACGUGGGCAGUGCCUUAAAGACACCCAGAGCACUCUGCAGGUCCAGAGCAGAGCAGGGCCGCUUUGUCACCUCCUCCUCUGUCAUCUGUGCUGUCAUCGGGGGGCUUCCUGCGACCGGUAGUCGCACGUUUGGGGUUCCGACGGUGCGUACAGAUCUGGCAGCUCCUCGCAUCAAGCGUAUCGGUGACCGCACGAACUAUGGUGAUGAGGCCACAGCACAUGGCCUUCUGCAUCCCACACUGCACUCGUUGUACGGCGUUCAUGAAGAGCACUUCCUGUCCCCACGAGCCAAGGACGAGAUGAUUCAGAUUUUUCGGAAUGUAGGCUUGGAUGUUGCCGAACAGACGUUUGAGGAGGCCUGGAAGUUGGCCUCCAUGAGACAUCCCACUGGCGAAGUGUGUGUGGAGAGCUUCUGGAAUAUUCUCAAAGAACUACAAGCAAAUUAAAAAGAAUGUAUGUUUUCCCCUCAUUAUUUAACAAGGAUACAUGUAUAUAUUUUGC